AUGGCUGACCAGGAGGAAAAGGGAAAAAGAGCACAGGUUAUCCUGGAGGAAAAUGAGAAAAUGAAAACCCUCAGGAGGGCUGUGCUGGACCUAAAGGACCUCUCUGUAAGAUGCAAUGAUGCAGUAAAUGAAGACAUAUCUUAUAUCGAUAAAGUAAUGAAGAGCAGUGCUGUAGAUCGGCUGGCCAUUAAAAAUAUCAUGAAUAAGAUAGAUGCAGCCAGAAAGGACAGUUUUAUGCUUAUUUUAAUCGUGACAGUGGGUGGGCUGUCUCUUCUUCUGUUUAUUGGCCUUCUCUUUAAAUAG